AUGUCUCCCUACCUCCCAAAUCCCCUUUCUAACAUGCAGACUACUCAACCAGUGAGUCUUCAGACACAGAGAAUCCAGGGACUUUACAUUUUGGACAAUAACGACAGUUCUGGCAUUCCACAUAGUACUGGAAGUUCAGCUAGUAACUCUCCGGAUCACUAUGAGAGAUUUUCCCCUCCAACACACUUGAUGGACCUCAGUAGUCCACCGGAGCAUAGGGACCUACCUGGAUAUCAAGCUCUCCAUCAUCUGCAUCAUCAUCACCAUCAUCAUCAAGUGCUAUAUCAACAACCCACUUACUUGAUGUACGAGAAUCCUGAUGAAGAGAAAAGGUACUCGGAGCAUCCCAAUGGGAAGAUUCUUAGAGAGCUCCAAACUGAUUAUGAUAGGCGUCUUCAUGACAAUUCUCCAGGAUUUUUAUCAGAUCAUAGUAGAGAUCACGAGCAAAGUCUUUAUCUGACACCAUCUCCUCAAAUGUACUCUUCUGGAGGUGAAGAGAUGACACCUAGACAAGCACAACAGAGCUAUCACCACGUGGAGUCAGUUGAGUACAAACCGGAAGUACUGGAGUAUAAGCCGGAGGUGGAGCAGCAGAGGUACAAACAGGUGGAGAUGAAUCAAAUUACAGAACCUUCCUCUUCGACUAAGAGCUACACGGUCGAAGGAUCCAGGAAUGGUGGAAAACGCAAAAGGAAGUCGAGCAGCAUUGAGAAUGACUCUGAAACAGAAAGUAACGCUUCAUCUACGAAGACUAAAGUGAGAAGAAAGAGUGGAGCGACUUUUGAGGAGAUUCAGAAUCAGAGAGUGAUGGCCAACGUGAGGGAAAGACAGAGAACUCAAAGUUUAAACGAAGCGUUUGCGGCACUCAGAAAGAUUAUACCCACGUUGCCCAGUGACAAGUUGAGCAAGAUUCAGACACUGAAGUUGGCUACUAGGUACAUCGACUUCCUAUUCCAGGUGUUGCACUGCAACAUGGAGAACACUGAUGGUGCUGACGAUGCUGGCGAAAGAAAUCCAAGAAGCGCUGUCUUGGCCGCCAGAGAAAUAACUUCGUCGUCGUGCAGCUACAUGGCCCACGAGAAACUCUCGUACGCAUUUAGCGUCUGGAGGAUGGAAGACGACUGGAACUCGAAUCUCUAG